UAGUUACUGUGUACAGUACUGUUCUUGUCCAGCGAUCUAGUAUUUUUUUACACGGAUCCUUACAAAACCUCCUCUCCGGGAUUUCCUUCAUGCCUCACCAUUCAAGUGGGCGUGUCCAUAUCUCACCACUGCCUCUUUAUCACUGAGUGAACCUUCUCUGCAGAGCCAUUGGAAAGUUACAGUGAAAGACUCCGGUGGGGGGCUGCUGUCUGGAGUCAACUGGAGUGUUUGUUGUAGCUGUUGCUGUUCAAGUCUGGUGGUCGCCGCGCAUCUUUGUUACGCACAUGGAAAAUCAAAGUGCCAGCGCCAGAUUAAUGCUGAACCAUGCUACAACUCUGAACCUGCACACAGGGAACCUGGUGAACCGAAGCCGCCUAAAGAAGAAAUGCCCUUCUUCGCCAAGUGAGGAGCUCCAGGACUGCAUUACAGCCACCCUGAGUGAGUGGUCUUCUAAAAUUCCCUCUGCUGUGGACAAGGAAUUGCCUGACACGCUGAACUGUACAUUGACCCAACCAACAGAGGCUAUCACUCCUGAAGAAAGGGAGGAACUGAAGGUUUCAGUGAAGCUUUUUCUCAGUGGGUCAAACUGUUCCUGCAUCAGGGAUGCAGUAGAAAUGGCCUGCUCAGCCCUGGGGGUGGCCCAGCUGGACUCUGUGAUCAUUGCCCCACCUCCACUCCUGGAGGGAGACAGCCUGUCCCUGGAACACCUGCAGCCUCUCUGGGAGGAACUGGAGAGGUUAGUCCAGAGCCAGAAGAUCGCUGCCAUUGGCACCUCUGACUUGGACAAAGCUCUUCUUGAGCAGCUGUACACAUGGGCACAGGUAAAGCCCAGCAGCAAUCAGGUGAACUUGGCCUCUUGCUGUGUGAUGCCUCCAGACCUGACCGCGUUCGCAAAGGAGUGUGACAUCCAGCUACUCACCCACAAUGACCCCAAAGAGCUGAUUUCUGCCACAAGCUUCCAAGCAGCUGUGCAGGAAAGCGUGAAGGAGCUCCUGGUAGCCGACUGGUCGCUGGAGUGGGUUUUGCGCUAUUCUGUCAUCGUCAAAAGCAGAGGGAUCAUAAAAUCAAAGGGCUACCUUGUUCAGGCCAAAAGAAGCAACACUGACCACACUUCAAGCUAUAGUUCUUGAGGUGUUUCUUACAAUUAGUUAAACCAGAUUGGUAAACUUAUUUUUAAAAAGAUACCCUUUUAAAGUGGCUCUUUGCAUGUGAUUUGUUUGAUUUGGAGGCUUUUUAAGCAAAAAAAAAAAUCAAAUCAAAAGUGCCUCCACUUCGUCUCUGUACCUCUGUUUACUACUGUGCUGCUUCCACUCUGAGCUUAAAUGCUUUUGAGUAAUAAAGAUUCUAGUUGUUUGAAACCAA